CGGCCAUACUACAGCUGAUCGGCCUCGACCCCCCGGUGCGGUCCAUCGGACUGUCCGCGGCCGUUUUUAAUUUUGAAAUAUUAGAGUAUAGAAUUUAUAUACACACACGACAGCAUUUACUGUCGACGCAUGCCUCGUUUCUUUAUUUAAUUUUCAAAUAUAACUUUUAGGGCUGUUUUGUUAAUACUUGGGCGAGGAAUCCCCUUCAUAACAAUCAGGCCGUGAACCCAUCCUCGGUCUCUCAUAAUAAGUCUCGUUUUUUCUGACAGCCAACUAACGUUAUGGGGGACACAGGCAGCGAGAGGAGCAAGCCACCCUCCAUACCACCACGAUGUCCUUGUGGAUUUUGGGGAUCCAGCAAAACCAUGAACCUCUGCUCAAAAUGCUUUGCAGACAUCCAGAAGAAGCAGCCAGACGAAGACUGCCCUCCAGAGCCAGAGCCCAGCUCGAGCAAUAACCAAUCAGCGGUUUUCUGUAGCGAGACGAACAGCAGCAGUAGCCAAUCCCUGUUGUUGACACCGGUCAGCUCUGAGGCGCCCUCACAAGAAGACUCAGGAGCCACACUCCUCACCGCACAGGAAGAAGCGCCAAGCACAGACACGGGCCACACCACUCUCUCUACUCCCACGAAACGACCUUGCGACUCUGCCUCAAGCUCCCAGAGUGAGGAGUCCCCAGAGAAGCGUGCCCGCGUCUCCUCACCCUCGCCCUCGCCCUCCCCGUCGCUCGCCACUGCGGACGAGGCCUCAGAGGUGCCCCGCGGCCCCAAGCAAAAGAACCGCCGACGCUGCCAUCGCUGCCAAAGCAAGCUGGAGCUGGUGCAGCAGGAGCUGGGCUCCUGUCGCUGUGGGUACGUGUUCUGCAUGCUCCACCGGCUGCCGGAGCAGCACGACUGCCUGUUCGACCACCUGGGGCGCGGGCGCGAGGAGGCCGUGCUCAAGAUGGUCAAGCUGGAGCGCAAGGUGGGCCGCUCCUGCCAGCGCAUCGGGGAGGAGUGCUCCUGAGGAGGACACGCCACGCCACGCCACGCCAGGGGAGAUGGAGGGAUGGAGUGACAACGGAUGGAGAGAUGGAUAGAGAAAUGGACAGAGGGGAGGACACAGCCACCAGGGGAGACCGAUGGACAGAGGGGAGGGUGGGAGGAACAACGGACUGACA